UCUUUCAAAUUUCACAAUCCUUAUCAGAAAUUUAACGCCUGAUCGUUAGUUCGUCGGAGAAAAUGUCGAGUCCUGUAUCUUCGGACUCGCCUGAGGCUGAGUCGAAGAACCCCGAGUCAUGCUCAGACUCUGAGCAACCUGCAAUAGAAACUCCGGCAAAGGAACAAAUUUCAGACUACGAGAAACAAAGAUUGAAGAGAAUCGAAGAGAACAAUGCCAGAAUGGAGGCAUUGGGACUUCGCAAAAUGACAACUUCCUUAAUGGGUUCGCUUCCAAAGGCUCAAAAUAAAAUUGCUGGCAACAAAGGCAAAAAAAAGGUGGGCGAGGAGGAAGAUGAUGAAUACAAGCCAUCUGAAGGUGAAGACGGUUUGAGUUCUUCAGGUGAAGAAGAUGGGAAUGAGGAUGGGGUUUCCAAGUCUGAUUCAAUAAAGUCCAAGAAAAUACGUUUACCUCUAAAGAAGAGAGCCCUGAACAAACAGCCUCUUAGUGAAUCAGAUUUCAUGGAUGAUGAUGCUUUGAUGCAGGCAAUUGCUCUAUCACUACAAGAUUCUGCCGGUUUUUUAGAUGUUAGCAAAAAACCUGCUAAAAGUGAUGGUGCUCAUAUCAUGGACGAGAAGUGUAGAGUGAAGAAAGUAGACUCCAACACCGUAGAAGGAAAAGGAAAGAGGAAGAGAAAACAAACGAUCAGGAAUCGAGUGCAAAUGACUGAAGAUGAACUCAUUUUACACUUCUUUCAGUUUGAUGAAUCUGGAAAAGGAAGCAUAGGUUUAAGAGAUUUACAAAGAGUAGCAGCAUCACAUGACUUUUUAUGGUCCGAGGAAGAGCUGAGAGACAUGAUACACUUCUUUGAUGGUGAUGGUGAUGGAAAGCUGAGACUUGAUGAUUUUCGCAAGAUUGCUGUUGGUUGCAACGUGUUACAAGGAUCUGCAAAUGCUACAUCAUGAGGCAACGUGACACAACUUACAGGCAGGUGUGUAGUUGGCUUGAUGAUCAGAGAGGAUUCCUUUCAUCCCUGCUGUUGUGGUUUUGUGUGACUCACUGACUGCAUCAUCUUGGGGGCUGACCUUGUUAGAGAUACUAUAUCUACGAAUAGUGUAAUAAGCCUAGUAUUCAGUUAGCCAGUUAUAGUUAGUCAAGUUGUUUAGAUUCAGUUACAAGUUGGUUAUACCACUUCUCUAUAAAUACUGAUGUACUGGUAUUAUGUGAUUAAUGAAAAUCCUUCUACUUCAUUUUA